UUUUUUUUUGGUUUUCCUCAACAUCUAAUCGCCAGCAAAGGAGGAGGCGAGAGAGAGAGAGAGAGAGAGAAAGAGAGAGCUGGGAAAUAUUUAAAUUGAUCACCGAGUACCCAGGCGGAUAAAAGAUACAUAUCAUAUUGGAAUAAAAGCUUAAUAGAAUUACCUGUGCGUAUUCCUGUCUAUUACAAAUAUCUGCAAUAGCUAUUACUAACUGCAAGUUGCCGGUAUCGCAUAUCUUCGCUUAUUGAUUAUGCAAUCGCGUAGAGGUAAUCAAGUGAGAGUCAAUCUUACUGGAAAACAAAAGAAGAGUAAUAAAGAAAUAUUCCAAUAUUGGGAUAGGUGCAGUAAGGCGUUUUAAGCGACGACCUGAUUUUCAGUACAACAGUUGACGGAACCUAGCCCUAAGUAGUUGGGCAAAUUCAAAUCUCAAGUUUCGCUAGACAAAGGCAUAACACCUAUCGAUUUGGUUGGUAGUACUACACUUUGACAUUUAUAUGUAUAUAGGGUUUCAUGUCAAAAUGUUUACUUGCUGUAAAAGUUAUACGCGUUUUUUUAAGCAUACAAAAGUGAGUUUUUUUUUUCGAUUUUUGCUAUGUCUACGCUUGUCGAGCAAAGGAUUUGCAUUAAAUUCUGUUUGCGUGCGAAAUGUUCGGCCGCGGAAACUUUGAGAAUGUUGCAGAAGGCGUUUGGUGACGAGGCUAUGUCUCAAAAAAAUGUUUACAAGUGGUAUAAAGAUUUCAAAGAAGGCCGAGAACGAGUUGAAGACGAACAGCGCCCUGGACGACCAUCAACAUCAACUGAUGAAGGACACGUCAAGGAAAUCAAAGAUUUGAUACUCGAAAAUCGUCGAUUAACAAUUAGAGAUCUUGCUAAUGCUGUGGGCAUUUCAUUUGGAUCAACACAGACGAUAUUAAAGGAUAUUUUGUGCGUCAAACGUGUCAAAACUCGAAUGCCAUCAAAAAAAACCCUCAACAUCUUGGGAAAAAAGCGUCACGUUGCUAACAACUGUAAAACAAUGAUUUGGGAGAAGAAAUAGACAUUUUUUCGUAUCAUAAACACAACAAGCAAUUCACCUACUUCCCUGAUCACACACAUUAUGAAUAUAUAUUCAAAUAUUCCAAUUUUCAUAAGUAUAUUUAAGUUUUGUGACCGCAAGCAUUACAUGACGCUACAUAAUACAACAAUGCAUAUAUACGAACGCACAAAUCCGUUCUAUUGUCAAUCUCUGACGUCGGAUGGGGGGGAUGAGGGGGUGUAAACAUGAAACAACCUUAAAUAGUUGGGUGAAAAAUUUGAUAAGAAAUCUAAAACUAACUGUGAGCUGACAUCCUUUCAGCUAACAAAAAAUGUGAUGUGAAACCUUUUGCUAUAGCGAAUUGAACCUAAUAUUGCUGCAACAACAAGUAACAUUGCCUACACACCUACAACUCUUAAC